AUGAGCAGCUCUGAAGAUGAGGACCUCCCCCAGCUCUCUUCCCAUGCCCUUGCAGCUCUGCAGGAAUUUUAUGCUGAGCAGAAACAGUACACCGACCUCGGUGGCGAUGACAAGUAUAACAUUGGAAUAAUAGAAGAGAACUGGCAGCUGAGCCAGUUUUGGUACACUCCGGAGACCGCCCUGCGCCUUGCAGAGGAAGCCGUGGCAGCUGCUGGGGAAGGUGGCAGAAUUGCAUGUGUGAGUGCCCCCAGCGUUUACCAGAAGCUGAGAGCGCUGCACAGAGACGACUUUUCUAUCUGCAUCUUCGAAUAUGACCACAGGUUUGCCAUAUACGGAGAGGAGUUUAUCUUCUAUGAUUACAGUAACCCAGUGGAUUUACCUGAGAAAAUUGCUGCACACAGUUUUGACGUUGUAAUAGCAGAUCCCCCCUAUCUCUCUGAGGAAUGUCUCAGAAAAACGUCAGAAACCAUCAAGUACCUGACCCAGGGCAAGAUUCUGCUGUGCACAGGUGCCGUCAUGGAGGAAGAGGCAGCAAAACUUCUUGGAGUGAAGAUGUGCAAGUUUAUUCCAAAACACACUCGAACCUUGGGAAAUGAAUUUCGCUGUUACGUGAAUUAUGAUUCUGGGCUGGACCGUGAACUGUGAAUGCAGCUGGUAAUACAAUGUAGUGAAGGACCCAUGUGA